AGGGCUGCUUGGAGGCUUCUCCACAGAAGCAGUGUCCAUUCUUUUGCACCCUGGAGGCCAAAGGAUGAUCUGUGGUGCCGGUGAAGUCCAUCAUCACACCCGUGAACAUACAAGAGUAGCUUUUGUCAGGUUUCCCUCAUGGCUGAAGGGAAACCCCCACAGAGGCUGCCAGCACCAGGCAAAGGGCCAGGAUUUGAUUUCAUAUAGAUGUGAAGCUCCUAAACCAGAAACUCCUGUUUCCAAGGGCACCCCAGGAGAUGAGGUUUUUAGCCAGGCUGUCACAGGAACAGACACUCCUAAGACGUGAAAACCAGGAUCUGGGACACCCACAAGGGCUGCUCAGCUGAGGACAACAGGAUCAGGACGCUCCCCCGAUGGACUGCGGGCGCCCGGCAGAGAGCAGCGAGGAGCUGGGCAGCCCGGGGGCCGAGGCCGAGGCCGCGCCGCCGCGCUCGGGCGGCAGCAGCUCCGCGGCCCGCUCGGCCGGGCCCGCUGUGGGCCGCCCCGCCGCCGCCAACGCGGCCCGGGAGCGCAGCCGCGUGCAGACCCUGCGCCACGCCUUCCUGGAGCUGCAGAGGACGCUGCCCUCCGUGCCGCCCGACACCAAGCUCUCCAAGCUGGACGUGCUCCUCCUGGCCACCACCUACAUCGCGCACCUCACCCGCAGCCUGCAGGAUGAGGAGGAGCCGGCGGGAGAGGGCCUGGGCACGCUCCGCGGGGAUGGGUACCUCCACCCGGUCAAGAAUCCAGAUUCUCAUCUCUUCCCUCGUCCUGGGCACCGACAGCUGGUUAAUUACCAGCCGUGUGUUAAUUACUGCCAUGAAGGUGCUCUUCUGAAGCAUUUCUCUGAAGUGGCCCAUGCGUUCCAGGCUGUACAUUGGAGCCACGGGACAGUUUCUGACUCACUCAGCACAAGGAGACAGCACAAACCGUGGGGAAACAUCAACAUCUUCACAGAUCUAACCUCCCUUCUUGCUUUGAAAAAAAUGGUUAUUUAUUACACCUUAUAUAAAUAUAUAUUUAAGUUAAAAAAUCAGUAUCUACAGACAAACUGUAAUUCCUGAAAUGCUGUUUGUGAGGAAAAGGAAUUGAUUCUUAAAUGUAAUUAAUACCUCAUUAAGUUAACGUGACACAUCAAUGGUUUCUAUCACUGCUGCGAUCUGAAUGAGGGGGAGUGGGAGGUGGUGACUGCAGCCAGCAGAGUGAAGUAUCCCUGUCCUCUCUGGGACAAGCCCUGUAAGAAAAGAGAGGAGGAGUUAUGUGCUAAAGGCCAAGUACAGGGCAAAACAGGCUUAGGUGAAAAGAGAAGGGCAAGGCUAAAAAUAGCAACUGUAAUCCCACACAGACUUUCUCCACUGCUUAAAGCCGAUGGCAGAAAUCCCCUGACCGCAGCUGUCAGGCCAGGGCUCCAGCCAUCGGAUAGUCCUACACUUUUGUAGCUAUUCUGGGAAUAUGGAUGCAUGUUCAUGGAGUAAAAAUGUGCUCAGAGAGCUGGCCCCCCUGCACAGAGUGCUGCUCAAUUUGGGCACUGCUUGUACCCACCCGCAGGACCGAGCUGCAUGUCACGGGCUCAGUCUGUGUUUGCUCCCCGGCACAGCCACGUGUCUGCUCACCACACCACGGCCCAUUUCAUUAAAGGGGUUCACGUGUUGGAGCAGGGGAACCCAAAGUGUUGGCUUGUUCGCUUAAACAUCUCUAUUUAGGCAAAGAUGCUGAAACUAAAUGCACAAAUGUCAUCUGUUAUAUCUGUUCUGUAAAACACUGUACUUCUCAUAUGGUUUGUUAUUGCUGAGGUAAAUGUUCUAUUAAAUAUUAUUCAGUGAAUAUUAUAUACUUUGAGUUGCAAAAUAUGUUAGCAGUUUCUCGUUGUACACUAUAAUAUUCUACCUUUAUAGUACACUAUAAUAAUCUACA